UGGCAAGCGAACAACCUUUCCAUAUCCAAGGACCGUGGUUGACGAAGAAACUUCAAGCUCAAGGUACCUUUUAUAUCUCAAUUCUUUCAUACCAACCCGACUUAAGACACGACUUCGACCUUUGACCAUGUCCUUGAAGACGAUCGCAGUUUGCAAUGAAUCUGAGCUACAGGAUGGUCAAAUGAAGCAAGUAGACUUUGAGGGAGAGGGGAAAGUGUUGUUGUAUCGUCUGAACGAUAAAAUCCAUGCAACUAGUGCCUUUUGUACACAUUAUGGUGCGCCCCUAGCUAAGGGUGUGCUAGCUGCGGAUGGUAGGGUCGUCUGCCCUUGGCACGGAGCUUGCUUCGACGUUUGCACUGGUGACAUCGAGGAUGCACCAGCUCCUGCUGCAAUUCACUCUUUUAAAGCGGAAGUUGCGGACGGCAAGAUACACGUGACUGCUGAUCCGUCGCAGACCCUCAAGAGCAACACGAGUCGAUCACCCAGGCUCUUGUCAACCGGCGUCGCUGGAUCAGGGAAAAGCGUUGUCAUUAUCGGUGGAGGAUCUGCUACUUUCCACGCCAUCGAAAGUCUGAGAGAGCAUGGUUAUUCUGGAAAUAUCACAGUUCUUUCCAAAGAGACACACUCCCCGAUUGACCGAACCAAGUUGAGCAAGAGUUUGAUCACAGAUGCGUCAAAACUUGAAUGGAGGACGGCCGCCGACCUCAAGAUCAAGUAUGGCACCACCCUCCGUACUGGCGUCACUGUAACUUCCGUGGAUACAUCUUCUAAACUUGUGGUCUUCGAUGGAGGAAAGGAAUCCAUAUCCUACGAGACCCUGAUUCUCGCUAUGGGGGGUACUCCUCAUCGAUUACCGAUUCCUGGAUCAGACCUGGAGAAUGUAUAUACGUUCCGUGGCAUUGAAGACUCGAAACGCGUUGAUGCAGCGGCUCAAGAGGGAAAGCGAAUGGUUGUUAUUGGAAGUUCCUUCAUCAGCAUGGAGCUCGUCGCUGCCGUCGCUAAGCGGGGACUUGCAUCCAUCGAUGUUAUUGGGAUUGGGGAACACCCGUUCCAGAGCGUACUGGGCAAAGAAGUGGGCCAAGGUCUUCAGAAGUACCACGAGUCUCAAGGCGUUAAGUUUCACAUGAAAACACAGGUCGAGAAGAUCGUAGCAUCGGAGAGCAACCCUUCACUGGCUGCUGGUGUUGUUGUUAAUGGGGAGACUCUCCCUGCUGACUUCAUCGCAAUGGGAGUCGGUGUGGCUCCAGCGACCGAAUUCUUGAAGCAAAGCGGCUUCCAGCUCGAGAAGGAUGGAGGAAUCAAUGUUGACCAAUACUUGAAAGUUCAAGGUCAAGAUAACAUUUAUGCAGUCGGUGAUAUUGUUUGGUACCCUCAGCAAAAGACAGGAGAGAGCCGUAGGAUAGAACAUUGGAACGUUGCAGGUAACCAUGGCCGUGCUGUUGGUAAGACGAUUGCGGGUGACCCACAGCCAUUUGCGAAAGUGCCAUUCUUUUGGAGCGCCCAGGGACAGCAGCUUCGCUACUGUGGUCUUGGAGCCGAUUACGACGAUGUUAUUAUACACGGUAACCCUAGUGACAUGAAGUUCAUUGCGUACUAUGUCCAUCGCGGCGAAGUUGUUGCUGUAUCUAGUAUGCAAAAUGACCCGGUAGUCAGCAAAGCAUCUGAGCUCUUCAGACUUGGGCUCAUGCCAUCUCCCGCCGAACUGAGGGGAGGAAAGAGUCUUCUGAGCAUCGAUAUUUCCACGGGUUCCACAAAAGCCCGCGUCGGGUCUGCCUGAUAGUAAUCACUGAAGAAGUGUUUGUUCACAGGACCAGAAUUUGUACAUUAUCGUUAGUGAAGGGUGUUGUGAAUUGAAAAUCUCUAGGUCUUUGUACUAUAGCCGCGGAUCAAUGUCAAUGGACUGUAAAUAAUAG